AUGAAUAAUGCGGACAAGAUCAACCAAGAAGGUGCAUCGAAUUCAACAUCUCAUAUCGUGAUCAUCGGAGCCGGUGUUGCUGGUCUAACUUGUGCAAGGCAAUUAACACAUUUACUCAAGAAAAGAUCACAUAAAAUCACAAUACUUGAAGCACGUGACAGAGUCGGGGGUCGAACAUUGAGUAUUCCUGAGCUCAAUCUUGAUUUAGGUGCAUCGUGGAUCUUUUCAUCUCACGUUGCAGCACUCUCACUUGUACGUGAGCUUAAUAUCAGUACAAUCGAUCAAUAUGAAAGUGGAAUGUCACUUAUUAGUACCGGAAAUAGUGGUAACCAACGCAUGGCCUUAGGUAGCAUUCAUAACGGUGCUAAACGUCUUAAAGGUGGAACAGGUAGUUUGUGCGCUGCAAUACUCACUGAACUAACUACAAAAAAUCAAACAACAGUUAGUAUAGAACUUAACUCACCGGUUAUGUCUAUUGCAUACGAAACUAACAAAACUAUUAACGUAAAAUUGCGUAACAACAGAUCAAUAUUAGCUGAUUAUGUAGUACUAGCUCUACCACCCAAACUAUUGAUGUCUACAAUACACUUUACACCAGAAUUUCCACCAUCACUCAUCAAACGGCUCAAUAACUGUGGUACAUGGAUGGCAUCAACAUGUAAAGCUAUUCUACAGUACGAUCGUGCAUGGUGGAAAGAUCGAAACUUGAGUGGAUUUGCUAUAUCUCGUCAUAGCAAAGCUCAAGAGUGGCAUGAUGCCAGUAGCAGUAGUUGCAAUGCUCUUUUUGUGUUCUGCUUGGCUGGUACAACCAAGCAACAAGUGAUUGAUGCUACCGUCAAAACAUUUGGCAAUGAGGCAAUGAACCCGACAGCUGUAUACAUGACCGACUGGAGUAGCGAAGUAUUCACAUCAUCGUCGACAAAUGACAGUAUUGGUGGUCAUGCAUAUGUAAGUGAUGAAUGUAGACAACCACAAUGGAAUGGUCGAUUGUGGCUAGGUAACAGUGAAGUGAGUGAUAGUAGUGGUGGCUUCGUCGAAGGAGCUGUUCGAAGAGGUACACAAGUGGCUGAUCAACUAGCAGAAUUGAUUAUAGCAAAGUGA